AUGGGCUCGAAUCUUCCAUAUGCAGCCGAUGCGGAAAGUCCGCUGAAACCCGCGGAACUCCAGGUCUUGCGGUCGCAAUAUGAAAAAGAAGGCGACUACGUGGGGAUUCAGACGAAAUUCAACUAUGCUUGGGGCCUGAUCAAAUCCAACACUCGCUCUGAUCAACAAGAAGGCGUCCGUCUCCUGUCCGAGAUCUUCCGUGCAUCACCCGAACGACGCAGGGAAUGUCUGUACUAUCUGGCGUUGGGGAACUACAAACUGGGGAACUAUGGCGAAGCUCGACGAUACAACGAUCUCCUGCGGGAGAAAGAACCAGCGAAUCUGCAGGCGGCCAGUCUGGGGACGCUGAUCGAUGAGAAGGUCUCCAAAGAGGGAAUGCUGGGGAUUGCGAUCGUGGGAGGACUGGCGUUGGCAGCCGGCGUGGUGGGAGGCGUGGUAUUUCGGAAGAGGCGAUAA